AUGAUUUGGAACCUUGCCAAAAAUCAAUUCUCGCUUGAAUUGGCGCGCUCGCAGGGAGACCUGCACAUCUUGGCGAAGACGGCCUCGUGCCAGACUUCGAAGUUUUUAGGACAAGCGCUCGCUGUUGCGGUGCCCGUUAUGUCGGAUUCGGAGUGCUAUAACUGUCACGAGGCUGGCCACAUCGCCCGCAACUGUCCGAACGGAAGAGAGUCCGGCGGUCGCAGCGGAGGUGGUUCGUGCUAUAACUGUGGUGAACCAGGACACUUCUCGCGUGAAUGCACUCAGCGCCGUGACGGUGGACGUGAUGGCGGACGUGAUGGUGGACGUGAUGGAGGACGUGAUGGCGGACGUAACGGUGGACGUGAUGGCGGACGUAGUGGUGGAUACCGAUCUCGCGGCCAGGAAUGCUAUCAGUGUGGUGGUCAUGGCCAUUUUGCCCGUGAGUGCUCGUCAGGAGGUGGUGGUGGUGGCGGAUUCCGUGGUGGUCAGAAGUGCUACAAUUGCGGUAAACCUGGCCAUAUUUCACGUGAAUGUACUGAGAGCGGUUCGGUCGAGUCGAAACGCUGUUAUAGAUGCCAGGAAACUGGUCACAUCUCGCGUGAUUGUCCGCAGGAGUAG